UGUUCCGGAGGGAGAAUAAGGCUAUUAACGUCCGGUUGUUGCUGUCGUUUGUUACCUGCCGUCAGGGACACCGAGGAGCGGAUGUAACGUUAGCUAGCCGCCUCCACUUAUCUGACAGUAACAUCUGCAUUGAGGUAGAGCUAGGACAGCCGAGUGUAAUGAAAACCUAACGUUACACUGUGAGGUGUAGUUGUGUUGGACAGGCAUCACAGCAUGACGUAUCGUGUAGUUUAUCGGGCUCGCUCAUGUAUGUAGCUAAUUAGCCUUUGAAUUUCUGGAGGCAUGUCCAAGAAAAGGGGCAGAAAGCGGAGUAGCGGGGAGCUGAGUGACACCUUGACCCCAGACCCAAACAGCAUUCUGGGAGUCCGCAUUCAGCAUAACUGGCGCGAGAAGGGCAACCAGAGCAAGUGGAAGGGAACAGUACUGGACAGGCUUAGCGUGAACCCCUCUCUCUUUAUGGUGAAGUAUGACGGUUUUGACUGCGUCUACGGCAUCGAGCUGUUCAAGGACGACAGAGUGUCGAACCUCCAAGUCCUGUCGGAAAAUGUCGUAAACAACAAGAUCAAGAUACCUCCAGGGGCGGAGGAGCUGGUGGGCAAAGCUGUAGAGCAUCUCUUUGAAAAGGAGGACGGAGAGAAGAAUGAGUGGAGAGGCAUGGUCCUCUCCAGAGCGCCAAUCAUGACCAACUGGUAUUAUAUCACUUAUGAAAAGGACCCCGUUCUUUAUAUGUACCAGCUGUGGGACGACUAUGCUGAUGGAGACCUCAGGAUUCUGCCUGAAGCAGAAAACAAGCACCUGUUGCCUGCAGACAGGAAGCCAGGAGAAGAGACGGAGAGUCUGGUGGGGAAACAAGUGGAGUAUGUUACUGACAAGGGCGUCAAGAGAACAGGCCUGGUUAUCUACCAGGUCCCAGCCAAGCCCUCUGUCUACUACAUCAAAUAUGACGAUGACUUUCAUAUCCAUGUCUAUGACCUGGUCAAAACCACCUAGAGAUAGUGGACACUUGCUCUCACUCUCCAGCCUCCGUCCAUCUGCUUCGGUUCCACUCAUUGUUCUAAUCUUGUUCUUCAAAGCCAUGGCAGGGUUGAAUAGUUAAUAUGCUUUACUGUUCAGAAGAAAGUGCAAUCUGUAUUUUUUUUUUUUUCUAUAUGCACAGCAGAACUGUAGCACCGCUAUGCUUGGCUAUUUCGAGGGGAGGGAGUCAGCGUGUUUUAUUGUUGCUGCUCUACUUUAUACUUUAAGUUUGGACAGUCCAAGAUUGCACUGCACAACAGCUGCAAAGUGCAGUUGUUACUGCACUUGCAUUGUUAUCUCUGAGAUACUCACUGAUCUGUCCUUAAAGUAAUUAUCUUAAUUAAAUCCCUGUAUGACCAACUUAGCUUCUCAAAAUGUCCUUUUGAAGCCAUUUUCAUCUAAGUAACUAGUAAGCAUGACAUACACAUUAUAUUUGGGAUUAAUGUCUUCCACUGAGGCACUUAUCUAAUGAAAUGGGCCGGUAAAUAGAUGUACUGUAUUUGUCUAACCAUAUCAUCAAAUUAAGUUAGUACUGGAAGGGAUGAAUGGAAGCAGCAUUGUCAAAUUAUCUGAAUGGGGCCCUUAGAUUUUCUCAAGCCUUUUAUUAAUUUUCCUACAUGAAUUGUGCUCAUGCGGAAAUAUACUCCUUUGCACCAUGUUUAGUAAUGUAUCAGAUCCUUUGCACUGGUGAUGAAGAUGCAGUUUGCUAAAUUCUCAUUUAAAUUUGACCCCACACAAAUCAUAAAGUGCCUUCCGGCUUGCCAUUCUGCAAUAUUGUACAUACUUCAUCUCCGACUAUCUGCGCUCUCAGUGAAUCAUUGCGUAUGAAGGCUGCUAUUUGGUUUUCAUUCAGAAGUGGUGACACUGACAGCUUAAGGAAAGUUUUGCAACCAUCACUUUAUGUUACUGCAGUGUUUUGCUCUUAAUGCAGUAUGAAAAUGUUCUUUAAAUAUAACACACACCAUCCUUUGGUUGUAUAAUCUCACUGUUGAUAUUGUGGGGAGCACUUUACUGUAUAAAGUUUACAUGUUUAGGUUAUGAUACGCUACAUAGUUCCCCCCCCAAAUGCUUUUUCCUUAAGAGCAAAUGUGGCAGAAUAAAUGCUUUAUAUCAUACGCAUGAAGAAAAAACGAAAAGAAAAAAAAAAGUUGUGGCAAUACAGAUGACAGUAUUUAAUAUGUACAACUUGUGUAAAAUGCCUUGUAAUGUUGCCUGUUGUGAUUAUCAUUUAUACAAAUAUCUCAUCAAAACACCACCAGCUUUUAGUGAAAGGGUCAUUCAUAUACAUCAAUUAUCAACUGAAUAUUUAACAGGUAUAAUCAACUGACAAGUUUGUUGAUGGUAACUAAAUAAUUCUGAUUCUGGUCUUUAUAACUUUGUCUCAUGACGUGUAUGCAUCAUACUCUGUCGCUAGUGUGUCCUAGUUGCUGAAUUGGUCUUGGCCUUCUCAGCCUUCUUCGAGUCUUUUAGAAAAUAUAGUUAUUUUUUUCUGUCAAAACUCUGCAUGCAUCAUAUGAACAGAGUGCCUGGAGAUUUUCAAAUUUUAUUUUGACAGUAGAGAAGUGACAACGCGUGGCUGAAUCAGUACUGUUCGUUUACCGACCUAAAAAAAUAAAGGCUACCACUGUACAUCA